UCCUGCCAGUCAUCAACAAAAAGGAAGACAGUUGAAAAAAAAUCAACCAUCUCGACCACAAAACACAUAACAAUUUGCAAGAAGAUCCGCGAGGUGGUGGGGCAAGGCAACAUAUCCACUUUGCACUUUGUUAACAUUAUCAACUCCACGUGACACCAUCCAUUCACAGCUGAGGCUAGCCCCCUCUACGGGGUGCUAGAGGGGGCUAGUAGGCGUGGCUAAAGUCCCGCCGAAUGCAACAGUCUGCUGCUUCCACAUAGCGAAUGUUAGUUGAAUUCAGACAGUCAGUCGUUCGACGUGCUACGAGUCGGUUUCUAGCCUCACUCGCGUAAACUUUCGUCGCCUCAUAUUUUAAAGUAUCGGCAAAGUUAAGUGUUAUGGUGCUGUAGCAAAAACUUUCCAUCACCAUGUACCAACAACUAUUACUAGUUAGUGCAAUUUUAGUGGGUGUUAGUGCACGUAGUUUAACCUCGUUCACACCUAAGGGGUGCGAGUGGCAAAUGCAACCAGUAAAUGACGAAUCCGAGGAGCCAAUAUUAACAUGCCAAAUUAGAACGAUUAAUCAAGCAGAACCUUUGAUUGGCAAUUUAACUCAAUCGCAAAGCGAUCGCGUUACUGUGUUAUCACUGGAGUGUAACGACGCGUUGUUUUUCGAAAGCAGUUUGGAAACGUCCAGACACGGCAGCUUUUUGGCCCCACUACGUAAGCUAAGAAUUUUAAAUGUAGAAAACUGCAAGAUCCGUAAUAUUCCUGCUGCCGCAAUGAGUAGUUUGAGGCAUUUGAAAAAAUUAUCGUUACGCUCUCAUAAUUCUGAGUGGUCCUCUAUGGCUUUAGAGCUGCAUGCUGAGAGUUUCCGCGGAUUAACUGAGCUAAGGCACUUGGAUUUGGGUGAUAACAAUAUCUGGAACACCCCACUAGAUCUGUUUUGUCCAUUAUACAGCCUUACCCAUCUUAACUUGACUACCAAUAAAUUACAAGACAUUCAAAGCUUAGGGUUGUCUGACUGGGGUAAGGGACCAUUGGAACCUGGUAGGUCUUGUGUCAACGGGUUAGAGAUCUUGGAUUUGAGCAAAAAUGAAAUAAUUUCUUUGCCUGAUAAUGGUUUUAGUGCGUUGAGAAGUCUCUCUGAGCUAAACCUCCAGGAUAAUGCCAUAAGUACUUUGGGGGACCGUUCGUUUGUUGGUUUAAAUGCUUUGCAAACCCUUAAUUUAUCGAGCAAUUGUUUAGUGGCUUUGCCUCCAGAGUUAUUCCAGUCUUCCAGAGAUUUAAAGCAUUUAUAUUUGCAAAAUAACUCUUUGAGUGUGCUAGCACCUGGGCUCCUAGAGGGUCUGGAUGAGCUAAGGAUUGUUGAUUUAUCCCAUAAUGAAUUGACUAGCAGAUGGGUUAAUCGAGACACAUUUUCUGGACUAGUCAGGCUUGUUGUACUUAAUUUAGGAUAUAAUCAGCUGAACCGUAUUGAUGGACAGCUGUUUCAUGACCUGUAUACUUUACAAAUCCUUAAUCUGGAGCAUAACAACAUAAAUACCAUUGCAGAAGGUGCUUUUAGUGAAUUAAAGAAUUUGCAUGCAUUGACCCUAAGCCAUAACAGAAUCGCACAUAUUGAGGCCCACUAUUUUACCGGGAUGUAUGCCCUAAACCAGUUGCUACUGGACCAAAACGAAAUUGAAUAUAUUCAUCCUAAAACGUUUGAAAACGUGACAAAUUUGCAAGACUUGGGUUUGAAUGGGAAUAUGCUCGGUAUGGUCCCGGCAGGUAUCGGGCAAUUACGCUUUCUUAAAACCCUUGAUUUGGGUAAAAACCGUAUAGAAUCAGUUACGAACGCUUCCUUUGAAGGUUUGGAACUUUUGUAUGGGUUAAGAUUGGUGGACAACCAUAUCGUGAAUGUGUCUAGAGAUGCCUUUUCAACGUUGCCGAGCCUACAGGUACUUAAUUUAGCUUCGAAUAAAAUAAAGUAUGUUGAGCAGAGUGCCUUCGCUAGUAAUCCCACAUUAAAAGCAAUAAGGCUUGAUGCAAAUGAGCUCACUGAUAUUAGUGGGGUAUUUACCAACUUGCAAAGCCUUAUAUGGCUGAAUGUUUCUUCCAAUAAGCUGUUGUGGUUCGAUUUUAGCCACUUGCCUGUUAACUUGGAGUGGCUUGAUAUGCACAGUAACGAGAUCCCUGAAUUAGGGAAUUAUUAUGAUGUGAGAAACACUUUGAAAAUUAAAAUGCUUGAUGUCAGUUUUAAUUUAAUAACGACGCUGCAAGAAAACAGUAUCCCCGACUCUGUCGAGACUUUAUACCUGCAGAACAAUAAAAUCUCCUCGGUUGCCCCAAAUACCUUUACUCACAAGAAGAACUUGGAAAAGGUUGUUUUAUAUGGCAACAAAAUCAGGUAUCUAGACUUAUCCGCCUUAAACCUAAGCCCCGUGAGCGACGAUAAGGAUUUACCCCAAUUUUACAUAGGAGGCAACCCCUUUUAUUGCGACUGUAAAAUGGAGUGGCUCUUAAGGAUUAAUCACUUAAGCAACUUACGUCAGUACCCUCAAGUACUUGACUUAGACGAAGUGGUGUGUGAACUGGCACAUGCCCGGGGGGCUCCUCCUCAACCCCUUACCAGACUGAAGCCUUCCAACUUCUUAUGCCCAUACCAAACCCACUGCUUCGCCUUAUGUCAUUGUUGUGACUUUGAUGCUUGUGACUGCGAAAUGACUUGCCCUGACCGAUGUACUUGCUACCACGACCACACCUGGUCAUCAAACGUAGUUGAUUGCAGCAACGCAGCAUACAAAGAAGUCCCUGGAAAUAUCCCGAUGGAUGCUACUGAAAUAUACUUGGAUGGAAACGAUUUAGGGGAGCUCGGCAGCCACGUCUUUAUAGGCAAAAAGAAGCUUGAGGUCCUGUUCUUGAACAACAGCAACGUCAAGACUUUACAUAACAGAACGUUUAAUGGGGUGAAUCAGUUAAGGAUCCUCCAUAUGGAAGACAACGAGCUGCAGGAGCUGCAAGGGUUCGAGUUCGAUCAGCUGGAAAACAUCAACGAACUCUACUUGGACCACAAUAAAAUCAGCUACGUAGGAAACCAGACGUUCCGCAACAUGCACAACUUGGAAGUUCUAAAGUUAGACGAUAAUAAAAUCGUAAACUUCCCUCCGUGGCAAUUUCAAGCGGAAGCCAGAGCGUCCGCCCCUCGUGUUUCCCUGGAAGGUAACAGGUGGUCUUGCGAUUGUACAUCCUUAAGUCGGUUAAAUUCGUGGAUCCGGUCCUCUGGUGUCGAUCCGUCGAAAAUGCUUUGUUUCGAUAGUGCAGAGACCGUUGCUGAUGCUUUAAAUAAAUGCGACGACUUGGACAACGCGAUUGCGACCUCUGUGGUGCAACGGGAGCUAGUGAAGGAACAUCAAUUACUCGGCGGUAGCUACGUGACCCUACUGGCCGCCACUUUAGUGUCUGUGAUUAUCGUGUGCUUACUCAUCGCCAUAAUGUUUGUGUUUAGGCAAGAAGUCAGGUUAUGGGCGCACUCAAAGUAUGGGGUCCGAAUAUUUCAGGAGAUGCAUGAUGGCGGUGAUGACCGAGACCACAUGUACGACUGCUAUGUGGUUUAUAGUCAUAAGGAUGAUGAGUUGGCUUCCAGAAUCAUUGCUCCCGAACUUGAGGCCUUUGGACAUACUUUAUGCUUGCACUAUAGGGAUCUCCAUUUAGUCAAUGGAGCGUCUUAUUUGGCUGAUGCUAUGGUGGGGGCAGCAGAUGCUUCUAGAAGAGUCUUGUUCAUUGUCUCUCCUGCUUUGAUCGGCACUGAGUGGUCUAAGCCGGAGUUCAGAGCAGCUCUACAAGCUGCCCUACGUAACACCUUUCAGCAGAAACUGGUUUGCGUACUGUCGGGAGAUCCUUUGGAACCAAUGGACCCGGAACUAAGAGCUUUGCUGCGGGAUGGUACUGUCACCAGAUGGGGCGAGCGUAGGUUCUGGGAGAAGCUGCGCUAUGCUAUGCCGGAUGUCGUUACCAGCACCACUACUAGACGCAAAAAGCAGAACCACCUUCCGGAAAUUCGCUGCAAAGCUAAUCCUCGGUACACCAACUCUCCUCACACCGAUUCUUGGUACAAGUAUCAACCGAUGCCUGGGGUCCAUACCAGUACUCUCACCCCAACCCCUACUCAAAGCACUUACGUUUCUGGAGGUGAUUCCAAUAGAAGCACUGAGGACGAGGGUUCUAGUGCUAGCUCCCAGCACUAUGGCAGCGAGCAGCUCAACCACAGCUACGUAUCCAUUGACGGAAGACCUCCUCAGUACUCACAGUAUCCUAACUGUAGAGCUGAGGUGCCUCACCACGUCUACUCGACGAUCCCAGAUGCCCCACCUCAGAGUAGGACUUAUUUUGUGUAAGCUUGGGUUCGUUAGGUGCAAGGUUGUUUCAAAACAUGUUUUUUUUUGUUGCGGAAAAAAAUAUUUUUUGUUCCUAAUUUUGUGCUUUAAGAUGCAAGAAUUCUAAUUUGUGAUAACUUGGGUUCAUUUUUUACAGCGUCUCUUUCUUGUGCUCAUGAAAUUUUUUAAAAACAAUUCCACGUUUCUAUGUAACCAGUAUCUUAAGUAUUAAAAAAAAAUUGCUGUAAAAAGAACCUUAUAAUAUAAAUGUUCACAGUAUUGUAUUGUGAAGUUACUACAAAAUUCAAGUAAAAAAAAAGGCUGUUUUACUUAUAUUUGCUAAAUUUUAUAUUUAAAUAAAUAUAAAAUAUGAAUUUACUAAUUAUACUAUAUAUAAUAUUAUUACUAAUAUGUACUCCAUUGUCGCUACGUAAUUUAUAUUACUGUGUAAUAUUUAUUGUAUAUAUAUAUUUUGUACAUAUUUUAAAU